AUUUAUUCGCAUCGUCUAAAAGUUGCUGGUAAGAACGUUUCUGGAUUGUCCACUGCAUGCGAAAUGCAGGAACAAGAACCUUUGGAGAAGAAACGUCCCAGAUGUCCAAAGCCACUUCACCGUGACAAUAGACACAUAUAUGUCAAAAAUUGACCGGCAGCGAUUAGUUUAAAUCCAACAAUAACCUUUCGGAUGUUUACCGAUCCCAAACAAUAAAGCUGUUACGGCGGCACAAUACGAGCAGAGUGUGUGGUGGAAAUUAGGACCAGCGGAGCCCAUGAUUGACAGUGGCGGGGGUCGACGCAGUGAGAAGAAAAGUUUGGCGCGUUCACCAUGGACUUCGAGACGCUGGCUGCAGGACUUAACUGUACUCCACCAGCCAUAGAUGACUUCCCCAGAGAUGUGUUCACCGAGAAACAACGUCAAGAUGGCGCUGUCAUCGUGCAUAUCGUCAUAACUCUAUACCUUUUCGUGGCUUUGGCCGUAGUCUGUGAUAAAUACUUUGUUCCAGCUGUCGAAAAAAUAUGUCACGCGCUGAACAUGUCAGCAGACGUUGCAGGAGCUACUUUUAUGGCAGCGGCCACAUCAGCUCCUGAACUUUUUGUGAACGUCAUCGGCACGUUCAUUACUGAAGGAGAUAUUGGUGUGGGGACCAUCGUCGGUUCAGCUGUCUUCAAUAUCUUGGCGGUGGCAGCUUUUUGUGGAAUUGGAGCGGGAAUGUGUGGGGUCAAAGUGAUUCCGUUAGAUUGGUGGCCACUAACAAGAGACUGCCUGGCUUAUGGAAUCACUGUAUCAAUACUCAUCGGCAUUAUCCACGAUGAGAGAGUCGAAUGGUAUGAAGCGUUGACUUUGGUGCUGUUGUACACUGUCUACAUCCUGAUUAUGUAUUUUGAUAAAACCAUUCAGAAGUUCAUCAGAGGUGGUUUGAGGCACGCACACAAAAGCAAAGCACGUAGUAGUGUCAAGUCUACCAUUCAAGUCACAGAUACUCUGGAAACACACCUCCAUAUCCAACUUCCCGACGACCAGGAUGUCAAGACGGACCCGGAUCAGCAAAAACCCGAGAAGAACGAUACCACCGACCACGAAAACAACCUGGCUGGUGUCGAACAACCUCCUCAUAUAUCUGUCGCUCCUGCUCAUGUGAACGGCUCGCUGAAGGUUCCUUUGCCGCCUCCAGAGACACAAUCCGGCGACGGUGACGGCAAGGGCGAGGAGGAGCCGCAUUCUUUGUGGAAGUUUCCUUCUGACAGUGGGAAGUUUACUCAAGCGACAUGGAUAAUCACCUGGCCGAUAUACCUGAUAUUCCUGUUCACCAUUCCUGAUUGCGAGAGGCCCAAAUUCAAGAAGUGGUUUCCUCUGACCUUCAUCAUGUGCAUCAUCUGGAUCGGUUCCCUGUCUUACUUUGUUGCCUGGAUCAUAACCAUUAUAGGUGACACGCUGAAAAUACCUGAUUCGGUGAUGGGAAUCACGUUCCUGGCUGCAGGCACUAGCGUUCCCGAAGCUGUUUCUAGUGUAAUUGUAGCAAAACAAGGUCAUGGUUCUAUGGGUAUCAGUAACUCUAUUGGGUCCAAUACGUUCGAUAUCCUUCUCUGUUUGGGGCUACCAUGGUUCAUCAAAGCCACAUUCAUGCCCACAAUUGCUGGUAAACAUUGGGUAGGUAUCAACUCUGCUGGGAUCGAAUACAGCGCCAUCUCUCUACUUUCCACACUCCUACUGCUCUACGUGGCUUUCGCCUUCAACAAAUUCCAAUUGGACAAGAAAGUUGGAAGAGCGUGCUUGAUGAUGUAUGCAGUUUUUCUAAUUUUGGCCAGCCUGAUCGAGAUGAACGUCUUCUUCAGAGUGAAUCUGCCGACAUGCGGCCGGUGAAGGACUGAAAAAACUGCACGAGUGCCGGUGUGAAAUUCUGAUGUACAGGGCGUCCCAAAAGCGACACGUGAAUUCAAUAACAUUUUUUUAUUCUUUUUUUCAGUCUGUUAGCGGAAGUUGUUCUCCUGAGAAACAAUUUCGUUUCCAACUUCUGGGAACCCUUAGAAAAAGAUAUCAUAAGGUUUUUGAAGAGACAUUUUUUGAUCAUACGCAGAUCCAAAACUAAAGUAAACAUUGUUCAUCAAGCAAAACCUCAUACUUUGAAAUUUACUUUCAAUAUAUAUAACGAUAAUUUUUAGUGAAAAUGUUUGAAAGUUUGGCCUCUUUAAGAGUGCGAAUAAUCGCUCCUUUAAAAAUCCAGAAGCCGCAUGAGAAAGUGGUAUCAACGUAUCUGCUGUGCCAAAGCAAUUUUCCGGAUUUUUUGGCUGUGGUAUACAGGUUUUCAUGCUUGACGAUUUCGUCUACUACUGCGGGAUACAUUAUCAAAAGCGAUGAGCACCAAUUCAGUCAAAGUGCCCGAUUCGGUGCUGAGUUGUUGUUCCCAAUGCAGAAACUACGAAUAUGGUAUUUGACUCCGGUUUUAUAUUAUCAUAGGUGGCUUGGUUUCUCUUAAUUGAACUCCUUGGUCUUGAUUGUCCAAAAUUGAGGACAAGUAGCCAGAUUUUAUUGCCUAAUGUUCAUUGCCUCUUCUUAUGUGUUGAAAUUAUCUGUGCAAUUAAGAACAGGCAGCCAUAUGUUGAUAAUGUUCAUUGCCUCUUCUCCUGUAUUAUCCCUGAUUUGUUGGUUUGUCCAAGGCGACAAUUUCUCUUGUGUUCGUAGAGACGGUUGCCUAUACUUCUUUUCGUGGUUCCAAUGUAGACCGACGCGCAGCUAUGAGAAAUCCGGUAUUCCCCGGGUAAUGCUGAAGGUUCUCUGGGGUCUUUAGCGGACCGCAGACUUAGUGAUUCUCUGAGAUUCUACCAUUCUGGUCCCUAUUGAAAAUUGCUGUGGAAACAUAGUGAAACGUCUACUGGAAUUGUGGAUAGAGCUUGACUUACUCAGAAUCGUUUAUUUCCUACACAUAAGUGCAUGAGUGAAAAAACUGAAAGUUUUUGGAUUGCUUUCUAUCGCCUAUCUUUGUUUACUUCGUUAAAUAGGCCCCUGAUGGUGACUGCUGGCCAUAUAUGAGUGCAUAUUUGGAUUUUCAAAGUUUUAAAUCGUGAUAACUCGAAAACAGUGCUUCUAAAGAAAACAAUUGUAUCUAUUUCAUUUCAUUUUAUUAUCUAAAAGCUUUCUCUGGACCAUUUUCCGGUAGCUCUCAACAUUCAGAGGUUUGGCCUGGAAUAAAAAACAACUCACAAGCGUAACUGACAGGGACUUUUGACAUUCCAUUCAUAUCGAUCUCUGUAAGGUCUGCAUCAAAAUCCCCGUUGUUGGGAAUUAAUACAAGCUUGAAUGUCUAUUUUGUUUGGACUAUUAGUAGUCUUCUGGAGAUUUUGCGUUCAAAAUUCUAUAGGACGCUAUUGGACUACCAAAUAAACUGAUUUCAAACCACUGCAAAUUGAAAAAUCGUGUACAGACUCAUACUACAUAUUAACAAUAACAAAAUGGAAAAAGCCUACGUAAAUAUGCAAUUGUAUGUAUUUUCAGAUAUAUAUCGAUAUCUGGUUUGGAAUUCUACAAAGAACUCAUCAGGGUUUCGGUUAGUUCUUAUAGAACCUGCUAGAAAUUUGAAUUAUUGAAUGAAAAAUGUAUGACGCGAUUGUUUAAAAUACUUCUAAAGAAAUGAGGUAGACAUUUUGAAAUUGAGGUUAGAAUCCAAUGACUCGAAGAGGUGAAAUUGUGAUGAUCUAGAUUAGUAGCCAGGUGGGAAUGAAAUGAAUUAUGAGGCCAAGGAAGAAAUAUUUCUACAUUGCUUCGAUUUUGAAAAUUUUCAAGCUCAUUUUUGGGUUCUAAAUGUGACUUUGCGAGGAAUCAUGAAUGAACAUCGUGCAAAAUGAAUAUAUAAAUUGAUGGCACACGAUUCUCAGACCCAGUGGUCACUCUUUCAGUUUUGGAAGGGAUGCACAUUUUACUCGAAAUAAACUGAAAAAACUUCAACUGUCUGUGAAUUCACUGUCAUUUUUGGGACUACUAGUGUGUCUUAACGUGUCCAUAUGUCAUUUCCAUUUCGAAAAUUACCCCACGUUCACUGUAGUUAUAGUUAUAGAAGUACAACCUGAUAAACAUUAUGUUUAUGCAAAGUGAAUAUACGGAAGAUUGUUUUUUUUUAUUAUAAUCAAAUUGCGUUAGUAUUAGAAAGUUUCUAUGGACCCUCAAGUGUGUAUUCGUGAGAUAGAGCAAUAUUUACUUGGUCAAAUAAUUAAUAUUAGUCAUAAUAUCUCACCAUUUCACUGUUUUAUCUGUCAAACUAAUACAUUUGAGUCUGUUAUGGUUCUGCACUUGCGGUUUCGUAGACACUCCUCCAGUUUCAAAAGAUUAUAUAUGUGUAUGUUACAGUGUACAUAAAAUCGUUAUUUAAGUAAACAUAUGUAUCAGUAAUGAAUCUAUUUAGGUUAGGUUUGAAUAGAAAAUUUGAAACGGGUAUGUAUUUUUCAGUGUUUGUAAAUGAUGAUGCAUAUCCUGCAGAAUUAUUAUCAUUAUUACAAAAGUUAUUGAGUAAA